AUUUCGCUUUGUCCCCAUCGUUCACCUGUUCGAUCGUGCUCUAUCGAUGACGAACUUUGAAACUAGAAUAAGAACGGUACGCGUUUCUCCCGCCUAAAAGACGAUUCGUUCAGUUCUCGUUGCUCGCUCUUCGGGUUCAGUCGAGACAGUUUACAUCUACGCAAACGAAGAAUUAAUUCAUCGACAAUCGAAAAAGUAUUCGACGGAAGUGAUUAACGUGUCGGAAGUGCAACAUGAGAGUUACGCUCGCCCUCAUGGUAAUUCUUCUUGCUUGUCUUGGCAUUCAAUGCGUUGAAAGCCGGGCAAAGAAAACAACACAAGUCUCUCUGCAAAGCAAAGAGACUAAUGUGGUUAAUUUUAUGAGAAUACUUAUGAUGAGGCUCGUAUUCGGAAUCGCUUCGACGAUGGGUCUCGGCGAAAAUCUUUCCGAUGUACUUGGGGGAAUAUUUGUACCACCUGGAGCAGACGAUUAUAGUGAUUACGGCGAUGAUGAUCUUGUACCAGAUCUAUUUUAAUGAUUCUGCAUAUUAGCGCCUAAUUCAAGUACAUUACACAUAAAUUUAUAUAAAGAUCAGUUUUCUCUAAUAUUAUGUAUUAUCUUAUUUUAUUAUUCAAUGCAUAAACAGAAUUAAUAUUUGAAAAUUAUUUCUGUUUGGUUUUGUGUUUUUUGUAUCUAAAUGAAGUAUGACUUGUAACGCAUUUAAAUUUCGCGCACUAAUUGUACUCUUAUCGCGCCAAUUCCAGUUAUGACAGACUGGCUGAAAUGUAAGGAGAAUAUCAAUAAGUGUAAUCCAUUUAAAUCAUGCAUUUGCAUUCAUCACUGCUGCGCCCUAAAAUUGAUUUACAAUGAGGCCUUUACCAAGUUUUUUUCUGUACCGUUAUUUGUCAUAAUUUGCGAAUCAGUAUGUACAUGUAGAAGUUACAUUAAUUAAUAAGUUUUUAUUGACAAUUGUUUUCACUUGUUUUCUGUAUUAUUAGAAGAUCUAAUAGUUUUGAGGAUUAUAUUGUUAAUUUACUAUAUUAUUCUAUUAGAACUUUAUUAUUUUUAAAUUAAUUGUUCUUUCUCAACAAGCUAGAUUUAAUUUUUCAUCGGCAUUUAUUACUAUUAUUCUUAUUACUUGUAAAUAAUAGUGCACUAAUUUAUUAAUUAUUUAUUUAUGAAUUUAAAUUUGUAAACAAAUGAAAUCUUGUUAAGUCGAAAACCAUGUUAAGUUAGUCAUAAAACUAUUUAUACAUAUUAAAUACUGCUCUUUGUAUGUAUUAAGGUUUCAGUAAAAUAAAACCUUAUGUUUACAUUAUA